UGCAUGCUCUUGGUUACUUUUUGUAACACUAGUGUUAUUAUAAAAACUUUAAAGCGAAAUGUUUACAGUAAGAAAUUCAUUUCGCAGAUCGUCAAGGCUUAUAGAAAAUAUUUGUUUGAAAAAUGGUGACGUGCCUCUAGCCUGUAUUUCCACUGGGCCCCAGCAGCAACAUGGGACCUUCUAUGAAUUCCGUACCUACAGAAUCCUUCCAGAGAAGAACGCUGCCUUCCUCAAGCUGACAAAUGAGAAGAUCCACCUGCGUACUGCUCACUCCGAGCUCCUGGGCUACUGGAGUGUGGAGUAUGGAGGCUUGAACCAGGUCUUCCACAUCUGGAAGUAUGACAGCUAUGCUCAGCGGGCAGGUGUGCGCGCAUCCUUGGCUCAGGACCCCAAAUGGAUUGAGGAGUACAUCUCCAAGGCCAUGCCCAUGCUCAUGUCUCAGGACAACGAGGUCACGUAUUUGGUGCCCUGGAGCAAGGUGGACAGGCCUCCCAAGGAAGGUGGGGUAUAUGAGUUGGCAUCGUUCCAGAUGAGGCCAGGGGGCCCAGCAGUGUGGGGGAAAGCCUUCCAGGCUGCAGUCAGUACCCACGCUGCCGGGGGGCACGCCCACCUGGUAGGGGCCUUUCACAGCGAGUUUGGACGGCUCAACAAAGUCAAUGCCCUGUGGUGGUAUGAGAGUCCGGACCAACGGGCAGCAGUACGCCACAAAGCCCAUGGUGAUGCCAGGGUGGUGGCAGCCGUGAGGGAGUGUGUGACCUAUCUGGAGUCGCAGACGAACAAACUCAUGUUCCCCUGCCCCUACUCUCCCCUCAAGUGAUCUCACACUGAAACCCAGGAUUAAAGGGACUAAACCUCAACUGGAUCUAAUAUGCGUCUUACACUGUUUAUAGACCUAAGUAGAGGUUAUAAAAUGCCACUGAGAUUCCUUAAAUCAACCAAUGGUGAUCAUAUCAUCUAAAUGUGAUGACAGUAGCACUCAAUGUAUUACUUGUAAUUCUGAAUGUUGUACUGAUAUCAAUAUAUAAGUCACACAGGACCAAAUAUAAUUAGGACCUUGGCUCUAACAAUGUUUAUUUCAUUCUACUGAGGACUGUUCAGUCUUUUAAAUAGAUGGCUGUUGUGAAAUGCAUUUCUAUGUUGUAAAGAACUGCUUGUUAUGAAAUGCCUCUGUCCUGAAUCAAACAGUAUUGUUAGUAAUGGAUUAGAUUUAUAUUAUAAUAUAUUCCAUUUAGUAGACGUGUGUGACUCAGUUAUGCGUGCAUACGUUUUGCAUACGGGUGGUCCUGGGAAUCGAACCCACUACUCUGGCAUUACAAGUGCCAUUCAUACUAUAUUAAUAGGUAUGGAUAAUUGUGCCUUAUUCAUCGUGUACAUACCACAUGGAUACUUGUCUGGACUAGAAUGCGCUUUUCCGUAACCUUUGUCAAUAAGAAGGCUGGGUGACAAUGUAUGACCAAUAAAGACAUAUUUC